UUACUCCGUAAAGAAAUUUCUCUCUCUACAGAAAUUUCUCCUUUCCUCUUGUCAGUAUAUUACCUUUUCUUCAUUUUAGAAUUUGAAUUUGCUUAUUCUGCAAGUUUAGUCUCUUCCUCUGUACAGACCUGAAUUAGAUCUUCAAACAUCAUUUCUUUUUCACUUUCAAUAUAGAGUCUGGUUUAGUUUAGUUCAAUUUCAAGUUUACUUUUGGUUUGCGAUUAAUCUAGCUUUUGCUGAUAUUAAAACCCUAGUCAUGGCCAGUCGUUAUGAAAAGAAUCCUUUUGACGAAGAAGAAGAUGUUAAUCCCUUCGCUGACUCAGCAAAGAAGGGGAAAAAAUCAGGACAAUCAAAGUUUGGUGGAGGUGCAUUUUAUACAACAAAUCCGGGAAGUGUGCCUCCUGCAUCAAACUCAAGGCUUUCACCUCUGCCGUCUGAGCCUGCAGGCUAUGGCUAUGAUCAUGGUACAACAAUUGACAUUCCUCUUGAUACAGUCACGACAGGGACAACUUCUCAGGAUUUGAAAAAGAAAGAGAAGGAGCUCCAGGCAAAGGAGGCUGAACUGAGAAGGCGGGAGCAGGAGGUGAAACGGAAAGAAGAUGCUGCAGCACGAGCUGGGAUUGUCCUUGAAGAGAAAAACUGGCCACCAUUUUUCCCUAUUAUCCAUCAUGAUAUUGCAAAUGAAAUUCCAAUUCAUCUACAAAGAAUACAAUAUAUUGCAUUUGCAACAUUUUUGGGUUUAUUUGCAUGUCUCCUGUGGAAUAUAGUAGCUGUUACCACUGCAUGGAUCAAAGGGAAAGGUGUGAGAAUCUGGUUCCUUGCUAUUAUCUAUUUCAUAUCGGGGGUUCCUGGAGCCUAUGUGUUGUGGUAUCGACCGCUUUAUCGUGCUUUUAGGACCGAAAGUGCUGUCAAAUUUGGAUGGUUUUUCCUCUUUUACGUGCUCCACAUUCUCUUCUGCAUCUUUGCUGCAGUUGCUCCUCCUGUAAUUUUCAGAGGAAAAUCUCUCACUGGCAUUUUGCCUGCAAUUGAUCUCAUUAGCGGUCAUGCUCUGGUUGGGAUCUUCUACUUUAUUGGAUUUGCACUAUUUUGUCUGGAAUCACUGAUCAGCAUCUGGGUUAUUCAGCAAGUAUACAUAUAUUUCCGUGGAAGUGGGAAAGCUGCUGAGAUGAAGCGUGAGGCUGCAAGGAGUGCUGUGAGAGCAGCUUUUUAAAUGCCGGACUAGUAAAGGAAAGUAAGAUAGCAACGUGUCUGGUUGUAAGCUUUGUAUAUGCCUCUUAGCCACCAAAAGUACUUAGAGAUAUUUUUAUUGCCGGAGCCUGGCUUUUCUUUUUUGCUUUAUAUAUAUAUAUAAUGAUGUAUGCUUUAAAUCCUAAGACCUUUUCUUUUUUUGUAAAUGUUACACCGUCGGAGACCAAGAUGGAGUUUGAUAAGGAGUUUGGUAUUUGCUAUGUUCGUCAUAUUUUGAUAUGAACAAUCCAUUAUUUGCCUGGAUUA